UUGACUCUGCCUCUGUCUUAAUGUCUCUCUGUCUAUCUGUCUGUCUAUCGCUCUUCACUACCACUCUCAAAUUCCAUCUGCUAAGCAUGGAGAGAGUGUGUGAUCGUGAACCUGUCACAGACCUGAUUAUAUAUACAUGUAGUUAUACAUACAUACGCGCACAUGUCUUAGCCCCCACCACACUCGACCCGCAGGUUGUCAGGAGGCCACUUCAGGGCAGAGACUGUGCCUCAUUUCACUUCCUCACCUUACCCAACAGCAGGCCAGUGACCUGCACAUCCCAGCCUGGUAGCUGACCACAUGACCGUUGAAUUGACCUCGCUUACCCAAUCCCUCCUUUGCUCUAAAGCCCCUCACCCUUUCUGUUCUACACUGGUUUGCACUCGUUCCAUCAUGCCACAAAAGGGUCUCUGAGUCCCAAGCCCUGUGUGACUUGUGUCGCCCACAAUAGACUGCAGGCAUUUUGAGAACCAGUCCAUGGGGAUUUCCCACACACUUCCCUGGCCUGUUACUCUACAAGGCAUAGUCUCAGGGAGUCGCCUGGGUCUCUAAGACGUCAUGUGACUUGCUCCAGGCACCUCAGUGACUUUGUCCUCCAUGGCCGGACUACUUUGGCAUUUAGGAUUUCUGGUCUUCAUUCGGGACUAGGCCAUGUCUAAAGCGGCCAGUUCCAAUGAAGACCCUCAGUGGGAAAGAACCUCUUGCUGUUCUGGAAUUGUGCUUCCGUUUACACCGCUGAUGAGACUCCACACAGAUUUGCUUAAACUGUGUGCCCUGCCCACAGCCCCAUUGCCUUGCAUCUCUCAUUAGGGAAGAGGCCACAAGCUACCAUCAUUUGCUCCCGGCAUGGUCCUCGCCUAGGUAGAAGAUUCACUGAAAUCAUUCCUACGAAUCCCUUUCACGCACACUGGCAAACUCUCCUACACGCUGGAUGCUGAAGCCUUCCAACAAAGCAGGGAGGUAGCAUUCAGGUGGGACACCUUGGGAUGACUUGGGAUCCCUCUGACACUGCAAUCAGGCUUGCCACCACGAGGACAACUCUCCUAGGGGAACCGUGGAAGGUUUUUGAGCAGAGCAAAACCACAACCAGAUGUAUGAACAAUGAAGAUGAGUCUGGCAUUGGCAUGCAAGAUGCGUUGGAUGGGGGAGAGUGUGGACUAUUGCAGUAGUCCAUGAGGAGCACAAAGAGAAGAUGCACAGUCACAGCAGGAACAGAGAGGAGGACACACAUGCAAGAUGCCUAGUCCAGGGAGGAGGGAACAGUCAGAGUUGUCGCGUCCGACUCUCCGUGAGCCCACCUGGGGUGUACUUGGCAGAGAUAGUGGAAUGGUUGGCCAUUUUCUUCUCCAGCUCAUUUUACAGAUGAAGAAACUAAGACUCAACACUCUUAUCUACCACAACCCUACCUGGCUUUUCAUACGGCCACAUCAGUCCCUGAAUAAUGCUAGAGACUCACCAGAGAGGGAAGGAGAAUAGUUUUGACUGGUUACAGGCUGAGAGGGAUGCUGACCUCUGCAAUAGCAGAGCUUAGCACAGUACCUGGAACCCAGUAGGUGCUUCAUGAGGACUUGCUGAUUGAUUGUAGAAAAGAAGACAGUCUUACUUGAUUACGAAAGGGAAGACAUGACUAUAAAGUUUCGUCCUUUCGAAAGAGUAUAAUUGUGUUCAGAAGUCAUGGCAUUUACAGCCAGAAGGGCUCCUUCCAUAGGCAAAGGCUCUCAUUUGAAAGGGCGAGUGAGCCCUGUGGCUCUCACUUCUGGCCCACAGCUGAGGCUGCAGCUACAUGUAUUCAAUGUGAAGGAGAUUCCCAGUUUGGAGGAGUGCAGAGGCAGAUUCAGGAGCUCACCCCAAAGCAGAGAGGAGAAGGAUCCUGCAACCAAUUAUCGAAAAUGAGUGCAGACGUCGAAAUGCGCAGUGAAGAGUUCGAUACCAAUCAAGAGGAAGUUGAUGAGAGGGCAGAGAAGCAAGCAGCAGGAAAGAAAGGAGACUACCAUCUUGGAGCUAAAGAACGAUCUUCAAACACAGAUAGAAGAAUUGAAAAGACAGAAAGAAGAAAGGGUACAAGAACAGAAACUACUUCAAGAACAAGAGCACAAAUUGUGUCAGAUUCUUUGUGUGCUCCCAUACAGCCUUGACAAUGACUCGGUACUCAGCAUAGAGGAGCUGAACCAGUUCAGAAAUCACCUGGCAGCUCUGGAGGAAACAAAGGCAAGGUGACGGAAAGAAUUUGUUAGCGCAAAGAAGCAGAUCCUACUCUGUAUGGAAGAUCUGGAUCACACUCCAGAAACGGAUUUUGAGAGAGAUGUGGUAUAGGAUGACGAGACUUUUUUUCUGUCACUGGAGAACAUAACAGCCCUAAAGAAUCUGCUUUCACAGCUAGAAAAGGAAAAAGCUGAGAAUGAAGUUGUGUGUAAAGGGCUACACUGUCGAAUCAGGGAACUUUGGCUCUGGUUACAAAUACCUACCCGGGAGAGAGAAGCUCUGGCCAUGUCCAUCACUGGGCCAAAGGCCAUGAUCAGAAAAGUGCUACAGUUAGAAGUGGAUCGGUUGGAGGAUUUGAGGAUUCAGAACUUGAAGAAAAUGAUUGAAGCAAUCAGGGUGGAGCUGGCACUAUAUUGGGAAAAAUGCUUUUACAGCCAACAGCAGAAAGCAGCCUUUACACAUUACUAUAACGAGAACUACACAGAGAUCUUGCUAAGGCUCCAUGAUGAAGAAAUUGUGAAGGUGAAACAAUAUUAUGAGCUGCACAAAGAACUAUUUGAAGGCAUUCAGAAGUGGGAAAAGAACUGGAGGCUUUUCUUGGAAUUUGAGAGAAAAGCUUCAGAUCCAAGCCGAUUUAGGAACCGUGGUGGAAAUCUCUUAAAAGAAGAAAAGCAUGGAGCCAAGCUACAAAAAACACUCUUUAAGCUGGAAGAGGAGUUGAAAACGCGGAUUGAAAUGUGGGAAAAAGAACAUUCUGAGACUUUUGUGGUGAAUGGCCAGAAAUUCACAGAAUAUAUGAUGGAACAGUGGAAGAUGUUUCAUUUGAACAAAGAGAAAGAAAAGCAGGAACGACAACUAAAGAAGAACCAAGAAACGGGAGCAGAGAUGUCAUAUAGCAGCAGAUCCAAAAUACCCUUCAAGAAGGAAGGACUCAGGCCUAAUUCAUCAGGCAAAGGCUACAAGAAAGUGCUGCUGGCCUCAUUUCUCUCUAUGGACUCAUCAAUGCAGCUGAAAGGUGUCAUCACACUUGUGUGA